GCGACUUCGGAGCUGCGACUUCGGAGAUGCGAUCUCAGACUUUGCUGUGAAGUCGUGGACGUUGGUGGACGGUGUGUUUCCUCGACGUCGGGCCACUUGCUCGUCUCCCCAUCUUUAGAAGAAGAGAAAGGAAAAUGGAUACUUUGUCCCAGGACUCCAUCCUGGAGUGCCAGAUCUGCUUCAACUACUACAGCCCCCGCCGGCGCCCCAAGCUGCUGGACUGCCGGCACACGUGCUGCUCGGUGUGCCUGACCCAGAUGCGCAGCAGCCAGAAGGAGAUCCGCUGUCCCUGGUGCCGCAGCGUCACCAGGCUCCCGCCGGGCCUGUCCGUCUCCCAGCUCCCGGACGACCCGGACGUCGUGACGGUCAUCGCCAUCCCCCACGCCUCCGAGCACACGCCGGUCUUCAUCCGCCUGCCCAGCAACGGCUGCUACAUGCUGCCGCUCCCCGCCGCCAAGGAGCCGCGGGCGCCGGGGCUCCCCGGGGAGCUGGGGUGCCGCUUCCUGCCCGGCGGCCACCAGAAGGGCGUGGCCGUGGUGACGGUGCCCGAGCGGCAGCACCUGGGCCUGGCCGUGGACCUGGAGGGGCUGGGCCUGGAGGUGGGCGAGGGCGAGAGGAGGAGGGCGGCCGGCCCGGUGGGCGGGGCGGGCGGCGGGAAGGGCUCCACGUGGUCCGGCGUGUGCACGGUGAUCCUGGUGGCCUGCGUGCUGCUCUUCCUCCUGGGCAUCGUGCUGCACAACAUGUCCUGCAUCUCCAAGCGCUUCACGGUCAUCUCGUGCGGCUGAGGGCGGGAGGGACGGACGGGGGCGGGAGGGGCUGCAGACACCCCCUUUACCCCCCCCUACGCCCCCACGCCACCCCCCCCCCCCCCCCCCCCCGGGAGGCGCGCCAUGUACAGGCGGCCAUUAUGUCACGUUUUCUUCAAAUUAGGAUAGAAAUAAAGAUGCAAACCUUCCACUUCACUCGUUCCCGCCCCUGAAACUCUCGUCCGGUUCCUCCCCUUCCCCCCUUUUUCUCUGAAAGAACGCGUUGGGAAUAACUCGCUCACGAUCACAGCCGUUGGAUUGGCUGUUCGCUCUGCGGUGGGUAGAAGUACAUCGUUUUUUUGGUCCUUUGUUGUUGUCGACUUCGGCCGGUGACUGCAGGACGUCAGUGAUCCCGUCUGAAUCAUCGGGGGAACUUUUCACACAACUUGUUUGUGCCGCAGCGGCUCCAUGUAGUUCGUGAAAGGAUCGUUGUACAGAAAUGAGACAAAACAUGGAUUGUUGUACUGUUGUUCAUGCCAUCGUGUCACGCGCCUCGACUGAAAACACGGGGAGCCGUUUGCUUUAUUAAGGUGAAAAAGUCUGAAAUGGUCCUGAAAAGAUUUGGCGGUAAAAAGCUUGGAAACAUUUUGGGAAUUACACUUAUUUGCAUUCUUUCCGAGCGUUAGCUCUGCUAGCUUAGCAUAAAUUGGAAGCAGUGGGAACAGUAAGAGUGGCUUUCUUCAUCAGCACCUCUAACGCAGACAAAGUGACCUCCACACAAACAAAAUGUAACGUUGUGCAAGGUGCUAAAUGCAUUACAGCCUGUGAACCCCAUGAAACCAGAAUAAAUACGAUUGAAGCAAGAUGGAGGUGUAAGGCAACAUUUAUUCUUCUUUUUCACAGUAUGUUUUUCCACGGAUGUUUAAUUUUUUAACUCGUACUGAUUUAUAUUUAACUCACUUUUAUAUUUUGAGGCGAUUUGUCUGCAGCCUCGUCGUGUGCAGAAUGAUUGUAAUUUUCUUUUUCUUUUGCUCUUGUUGCACGUUGGUUACCUGGUUAGUAUUAAGAUUUGAGUUAUUCUGUCCUUAAAUCUAAUUAAGAAGUUAUAAGGAAAGAAAGUGUUCAAUUUUGGUAUUAAGUAUAUAGAGAAUUAUAUACUGUACCAAAAUGCUAUGAAUAAAUGCGUACUGUGUAUCUACUAA